AGGGGAAAAGAGAAAAAAAAUCACACACACAAAAAGAAAAAAGAAAAAAAAAUUCUAAAGCAUAUCGGUUUUCGUUCUCUGCUCAGUUUCCUUCCCCCUGAUCUCAAAUCCUCGCUCUUUCUCCCGCUAAAAUCUAUUCCACUGUUCCGAUCAAUUAAUUUCUCGUCUGCUCUCUCCAUUUCUUAUUCUUAUAGUUGUACUCAAUUUCUCUCCCACUUUUCAAGUCUCCAUUAGGCUUGAGAAAGAAAAAUUGGUCGAUGUUCAUGAAGUGAAGGAAUUGGAAAUUCACCGAGCAAGAUUUGUUGAGAUCUCAAAGUAAUUGUAUUCGACAGCGAAGUAAAACCUAACUCUGGUAUUGAGAGAAGUCGUUAGAGAAUCUUCUUCGAUUUUUGGUUAGACAUCUUCCAUUCGAUGCAAGAGAAGCUGGCUUCAACUCAUUGUUAACUACUACAAGAAGAAUCAGAACAAUUGCCACAUUUAUUAAUUUCCUAGUUACAUGAUGUAGAUUACGUUGCUGCUGUCUCAAUUGAGUGCUACUGCUGCCUAUCAGAAAUUGUAGAGGGCUGCUCUGACCUCUUUGAAUUCAAAUUCAUGUGUUGAACAGAACUUGUUGGCAUAUUGUAUUUGAGGAUUUCUCUGAGCUAUUCUGAUUCUAGUUCAAGACGGACUUGAACAUGAACAGAAAUGACAAUUCCAAUUCCACCGCCGCCGCUGUGGCAACUGAAGGAAGUGGCAACAUCGGUUUGGUCAUAUCCACUACCGAGACAAUCCGAUCAUUCUUAAUGACAGCAUCUACAGACCCUAAUCUCCCUCAAGACCUGAGAGACCUGGCUUCCUCCCUUUCCCCUCACUCCUCCCUUUCCUACAAAUCUCUCAAGUCCAUUUGGAUCGGAUUCGACCCAAAAACUCGGCCCAGCCUCUUCCGUUUGUUCUCUGGUUCAAAUUUCAUUUUCACCAGCCCAAAGCCUAGAGAAAAGAGUGAGGAAUUGAAAGCGAGGCUAAGGAAGCUGGCGGAGGUGGCAGAGAAGAAAGAAUAUGAGGAAUUGGUGAAGGAUAUUACGCCGAAGAAGGGCGUGGAGGAGCCUUUCUCUUCUUACAAGGAUCAAUUAGGACUUGGUUUGCAUGUUGCAGUUACUAUGUUUACUGGCUAUUUGGUUGGAUAUGCUGCAUUCAGAGCCCUGUUUAGCCACAAUGUUGGAAUGAGCGCUGCAGGAGGCAUCCUUGGAUUGGUUGGUGGCAUGCUUGUGGAAACACUACUUUUUAUAAUCCGAUCUACCAAUCAGGACCGACGACCCUCUCCUUUUGUGUCCAGGAUAAAAAAGGAUCAGUAACUUCUCCACAUCAAGGUAAAUUUCUUCUGGCAUUCACGUGGGAGACCGGUCCCCAAAACCACCCCAAUCAAAAGGAAGGAAGCUCCGAGACUCAAGUCAAGAAAGGAAUGGGGCAAGCAUGGGCAAAGGAUAUAUGAAUAGAGAACCCAAAAGAGAAUAUGGGGAAGAAAGGGAUGGAUCGCAAUGUAAGGAUCUUUGUUUAUCUCUACUGUUUUUCGAAAGCGAUUCCCCGUUUCAUUUUCAUCGUUCAAUUACCAGAAAACAAGAGCACAGUCUAAGUGCCUAAUGAAUGUGGUAAACCCUGCCUACCCAACUGGGACGGAAUUGCUUACAAAUUUCUGAAUGUAUUUUUUUUUAUCAGACUUUUGAAGUUAGUUAAUUUCUGAAUGUAUUUGGAUACGUAUUUCUUUUAAAUAUUAUUUUACUUGGAUCAUAAA